AGUAAUGCCAUCCGGAAACGCUGGGCAAGCCUCGUCCUUGGGCCGUCACUUCAAUCCUCGCAACGUGAGUUCAAAGGUGCUUCCGCCGCCACAAAUGCAACACUGAUCCUACCACGGACUGGAGAGCGCGUUAGACGCGCCUUUUCGCUGCCGACGUUAGGAGAUGAUGCUCGCGAAGAAGCUGGGUCACCAGAGGAACGUGAGGGCCUGUUGGGCGCAGAUUCUGACGUGCCAUCACGACCAGCCCAUGAGCCAAAUGCCAUUCUCAAACCCUUCUACCGCUGGCGGGACAAAUCUGUCGAUUUCUGGGCUUCUAAUCUCGGACAGGGUAUAUUCAAGUGCUCUAUAGCCUAUCUUCUAGGAUCUCUGGCUACGUUUCUUCCUUUCGUCUCGACCUUCCUCGGAAAGCAAGAUGGCAAACACGUCGUCGCGACUGUUACGGUCUACUUUCACCCUUCGAGGACAGUGGGCAGCAUGAUCGAAGCAGUUGGCAUUGCUUUGAUCGCCUUUGUGUACGCAGCGUUCGUGUCUUUCACUAGUAUGGCUAUCAGUAUGGCUCUCGGCAAGCGCGAUCUUUUGGUUCUUGGCCAUGCCAUCGUUCUAGUGGUUUUCUGUGCUGGUGGCCUAGGCUUCAUAGGUUGGCUCAAACAACGACUUGGGCAUCCAACCGUCAACGUUGGGUGCAGUCUCGCCUCGCUGGCCAUCAUUACCAUUUUGACUAAGGAAGGAUCCAUUCAAGCUGCCAAGUUUUCUGAGGAUAAGGUAUUCCAGGUCUUACGUAUGGUCCUACUCGGUAUGGCAGCUACCACGACAGUCAAUCUUCUCAUCAAACCCCGUUACGCCAANAAAGAGUUGCAUCGCGACUUUGUCAAGACAACCGAUUUGCUAGGAGACAAACUCAUUGCUAUCACAAGAGCAUUUUUGACCGGUUCAGAGACAGAAAUGCAGGGUGCCGCCUACAAGCAAGUCGAUAAGGAUUGCAAAGCCAACGAAACUUCGAUGAAGAAGAACCUGAUCGAAGCCAAAUACGAGCAUUUUGUGCUGGGCAGAGAAAAGGAAUAUCGCAUCGAGGUCAAGCUUGUCAAAUGUCUGCAAGGGCUCUCUCAGAGUAUCGGCGGUCUUUACAGUGCAGCAAACACGCAGUUCACGCUCAUCAAGUCCUCACCAUAUAUCAAUAGAUCAGACUCGGCAAUGGCAUCAAUGUCAUCGUCUUUCUUGGGCGUCUCACAGCUUGUAGGCGAACCUGGAGAGAUUCGAGGGACUUUGACACCCAUCAGUGAGACUCCCGAGUCGCCAGCCGAUAAGCCGAUCCCAUUCAGUCCCAUAGCUUCAAGCUUCACUAGCAACGCUCCUGAUUCAAGACCUUCCUUGUCGCCUUCUGAUAUGUUCACGACAUUCAUUACCCAAUUAGGACCACCAAUGAAGUCUUUGGCCUGGACUCUGAAGUCGAUUCUGGACGAACUGCCGUUUCAACCUGGGACCGACGAUGUAAUCGCUGUUAAUGUCAAUUUCAGAACAAGUCUUGCUCAGGCCAUUGAGCUGUUCAACAAUGCCAGGAAAGAAGCAUUGUCUACAUUGUACCGCAACAAGGAGAUCACGAAUGCCAAGUCUCUGGAGCGUGUGGCUGAUUUGGAAGAAGUUGCUGCAAGCUGUGGACACUAUGCUGCAGCAAUGGUUGAUUUCGCCGAAGACACACUCAAGUACCUGGAGAUCUUAGAAGAAUUGAAAGAAGAGGUAGAACAGGAAGACCGGACACGUUCCUGGAAUUGGAUGGCCUUCUGGAGAAGACACUCGAGUGACAAGACUGCGAAUGAGGAAGCAGGUCUAUCGCUGGUUCACGAACCCGACGAAGCAUUGACGACUGAUAUCAUCAAGCCUAUCCUCCAAGCGGACACUUUUGCCAGAGCAGGACACAACAUCAAGGAACCGUUCAGCCAUCAAAUCUAUCGCAUGUUCAAGUUCAUCCGACGAGAUGACAUCCGGUUUGCGAUAAAGGUCGGCGUGGGCGCAGCACUCUUCGCUUUACCAUCGUUCAUGGUGUGGUCUCGGCCAUUCUACCAACACUGGCGCGGAGAGUGGGGUCUCGUUUCCUACAUGGUCGUCUGCUCGAUGACGAUAGGAGCCUCCAAUACGACGGGUAUCGAGCGUUUCAUUGGCACAGCCAUGGGUGCUAUACUCGCAAUCGUAGCUUGGAUUGUUUCAGAUGAUAGUCCUUGGCUUCUCGGUUUCUUUGGCUGGCUUAUGUCGCUUGGUUGUUUCUACAUCAUCCUGGUGCAGGGCAAAGGACCCAUGGGACGCUUCAUUCUCCUUACGUAUAACCUGUCUGCUCUAUAUGCAUACUCGCUGUCAGCCAAGGAUAAUGACGACGACGACGAUGAAGGCGGUAUAAACCCCGAGAUCUGGGGAAUCGUACUCCACCGUUUCGUGGCGGUCAUUGCAGGUUGUCUGUGGGGCAUCGUCGUGACCCGAGUCAUCUGGCCCAUAUCAGCUCGUCGCAAGCUCAAAAACGGCAUCUGCCUGCUUUGGCUACGCAUGUCACUGAUCUGGCGCAGAGAUCCGCUGGCUAUGUUCCUGCUCGGCGAGCCCGCAUCAGCAUACAUGGACAUACGCGAGGAAUCUGAACUGCAAACCUUCCUCGCGCAACUGGAAGCACUCCGCAAAGCCGCAGCUUCCGAGUUUGAAUUCCGAGCACCGUUCCCUGACAAGGUGUUUGGCAAGAUCUUGGAGAGGACGAAGCGUAUGCUGGACAACUUUCACGCUAUGAACAUGGUAAUAGCCAAGGAUCUCAAGGCCAGCCCUGGAGAAGCAGAAGUACUUAGGUAUACUCGAGCUGAGAGAUUUGCUCUGUCGGCGAGAAUCAGCCAUUUGUUCUCUGUGUUGGCUAGUUCCGUCAAGCUAGAGUAUCCGCUCAACGAUGUGUUGCCCAAUAUCGAUCACACAAGAGACCGACUGUUGGCGAGGAUCUUCGAGUUCAGAAGGGAUAGUGACAAGGCUUCUCUUGCCACUGAGGAGGACUAUGAGUUGUUGUAUGCUUAUGGUGAGUCUGACCGA